AAUUAUGAUCAUCAAAAAUACAAAAAGGAAAAAAUAUUUUAAUUUUAAUAAAUUAACAAUAUUAAUUUUAAUUUAUUUUUUAAUUUUUUGUGUUCAACAAGGAAAUUGUAGAUAUCGUUAUAGACAAGAACCUAUGCCCGACACUGGCAUUGUAGAAGAGUCUCCAGAAAUCCUUUUAAGAUUUAAAAGACUAGCUUCGUCAUUUUUAAAUUAUUUAAAUGGAAGUUGAUAAUUAAAAGUUGCUACGAAAUGAAGCAAAUAAGGAGAGAAAUUACAGCGAAAAAAUUAAAAAUUAAAAAUGUUUUUAAAAAAAUAUUU